CAAAAUUGAAAAAUUUGACAUCACAUUUGGGACGAGAUCCAAAGAGAAGCUCACAGGAAAACCCUAGAUUGAUCCACAAAAUCAGAGACUGUGGUUGAGCGUGAGAGAAGUUGAUGAAGGGUAUUUAAGAUAUUCAGAUAUCAGAUUUUGAGGGACUCAAAGAUCUAAAUUAUGGAGACGGAUAGAGAUAAGGAAAGGAUGAUGUCGAGGAACUCUUAUUCGUCUUCCUCGUCAUUUCCGCCUUCGGCUUCAUCUUCUGCUGCAUCAUCUCUCGCUGCGAAAGCAAUUCGAGCAUCUUCUGCGCAUAGAGACUCUUCUCUUUCCUCUGCCUACUCGUCUCCUUCUUCUGCUCCUGCUCCCACUCCUCCCAAGGAAGUGAAGCACCAUGAGUACACCUCUAUGAAAAGCUUGAACGAACCGAAACGAAGCUUUUGGGGAAGUCUAGCUAGUAAAGCAAAGGCUCUUUUGGAUGAUGAGGAUGAUGAUCCUCAUCAUCAACCCCCUCAAAGUCCUAGGAAGAUGGAGCAGAACUUGCCUUCUUCGACUUCAGAGACUAAGGAAGCUGGUCAGACGGGUAGGAAAACGGAGAUUCCUUCAUUACAGAGACGCUUAGACGCAAUCACUUCAUCAUUAAAUUACAUUGGUGGCACCAUUGGUACUGUAGUUGAGGGGGGUAUUACAGCUGUGGAGAAUCGUACUGCAGGGAUCAUUCAAGAAACCCGUAAAAAGAUUAAAAAGAAGCCAAGCCUUACGCGUAACCAGCAGAAUCCUGAGAUCCAAGCAGAUUUGGAAAUUCAACUAAAGGCAUCUCGCGACGUUGCAAUGGCCAUGGCUGCCAAGUCAAAGCUUCUUCUUCGGGAGCUGAAGAUGGUAAAAUCUGAUUUAGCCUUUGCAAAGCAGCGAUGCGCUCAACUGGAAGAGGAAAAUAAGGUUCUGAGGGAGAAUCGUAAUGGUGGUAACAGCCAAACGGAUGAUGAUGAUCUGGUGCGACUUCAGCUUGAAACAUUAUUGGCUGAGAAGGCUCGUUUGGCUCACGAGAACUCGAUAUACACUCGCGAAAACCUCUAUCUGAGAGGAGUUGUGGAAUAUCAUCAGCUCACGAUGCAGGAUGUGGUCUACUUUGAUGAGAAGACUGAAGAAGUAAGUGAGGUUUAUCCUAUUAAUGUUACUUCAAUGUCUUCUUCAUCAGAUAUCUCGAAAACUCCUCAAAACCCAAAAGUCUUGGAGUUCAAGUGAGACACUACAAGUCUCAGUUUAUUCUGUUGUUGUAGUGAAUCAGACAACAAGUCAAAUCGUUGUCUGUAAUCGCUCUGUAUCUGUAGAAAUAUAUGUACUUUUGUAUUCUCUUCUUUUUGGGAAUUUAGCAAUGAAUGUUAAUUUAUUACCCUUAAUUAUUUCAAAUAAAAAAAAUGUUCAUUGA